AUUUUUGAAACUAGUUUCAAUUUAAAAAAAAGUAGAUUUCUAUCAAACGAAGCACCAAUUAAAUAAAAUACAAUUUAAACGUAAAGACGAAAGAUCGUUUGUGUGAAACAAUAAAAACAAAAUUUAAAAAAACGUAUUCGUUUUUAUUUGUUAAUAAUUUUCUUCAGUUUCAUUCGAAGAAUUUGUGUGUUAUAAGUAUAAUGAAAUAAAUCUUCCAAAAAUGGAUACAGUUGUUGCUUUUAAUACCGAGCUCUCGGGGCUUUACGAAUCAAAGCCGCCGAUCUCGAAAGCAAAAAUGACAUCCAUUACACGGAGUGCAAUGAAAGCGAUCAAAUUUUACAAACAUGUUGUACAAAGUGUGGAAAAAUUCAUAUUGAAAUGCAAACAAGAGUAUAAAAUACCCGGUUUGUAUGUCAUUGAUUCGAUUGUACGCCAGUCGCGACACCAAUUUGGCACCGAAAAAGAUGUGUUUGCACCGCGUUUUGCACGCAAUAUGCAAACAACAUUUGCCAAUCUAUUUCAAUGCAGCCCAGAAGACAAGAGCAAAAUCAUCCGUGUGCUGAAUUUAUGGCAAAAGAAUAAUGUAUUUGCACCCGAAGUCAUUCAACCCCUAUUCGAUUUGGCCGAUCCAAAUCAUCCGAUUUAUCAGAAUCAAGGUACAUCUCAAGACACGAAUGUCAACGGUAUGAUGAAUACAAUCACUCAGGAGUCACCUGCGCCAAAUAUGACUGAUGAAGGUCACACGAUGUCAUCUGAUAUGUCGGGACCGAUCAAUUCAAUGUCAAAUGUGUCUCAUAUCGAUCCAAGCACAAUACGCCAUUUGCAACAAUUAAUGCUCAUUCGGCAGAAGAACAAUGAACCAAUUGCAAGCACAAGCUCAAAUUCGGCAAUGGGACAAGAUUCAGUGAAAUUCAAUAAAAAAUUGCUGGACUUUGAUUAUGGCGAUGAUGAAGAUGAUGAUAAUAAAGGCCAAUCACCGCGCCAAUCACAACAACAAUUGCCAACAAAUUCAACGCUUGAUAACAGUAACAUAUCGCAAUUGUUGAACGAUCCAAAUAUACUGCGGCAAUUGCAUAAUUUGCAAAAGCUCAAGCAAAUUGAAGAAUCGAAACAAUCGAAAUUGGCCGAAAUGCGAAUGCAAGAAGAAGCAUUUGAAAAACAAUUGGCUACGAUGUUGAAGAAGCUUCCGUUUGCCAACGAAUGUGACCUCAGUCGACAGGACAACCAAAUUUAUGGCUUACAAAAUGCCCAAUUAAAUCCAAAUCAAAAUGGACCAAUGUAUAUGACAUCGAACGCAUCUGAACAAGCAAAAAUCGAUCCAGACGUUGAAUUGGUUUCCGACGACGGAAAAGUUGAAGUGAUUAAUUUAGAUGGAAAUUCACGAAGCCCUUCGAUCGAACGAGACCGAUACAGCAAACGACGAAGAAGUCGAAGCAGAUCAAGAGAUCGACGCGGUCGAUCAAGGUCACGGGAUCGUAGACGAAGCAGAGACCGUGAACGACGGAAAUCAACGUCACGUGACAGGCACCGAGACAGAGAUCGUGGCAAGGACAAAGAAAAAGAGCGUGAACGGAAACGCAAAGGACUGCCCGAGAUUAAAAAAGAACAUUUAAGUGUAUGUAGCACAACAUUGUGGAUUGGCCACUUGUCGAAAUUGACGCAACAGGAAGAACUGUCGGAUAUUUUUACCAAGUAUGGUGACAUUGUCAGCAUUGACAUGAUUCAUCCGCGUGGCUGUGCAUUUUUGGUGAUGCAUCGACGUCAAGAUGCGUACAAAGCAAUCGACGGUUUAAACGGCUACAAAUUACAUGGCCGUGUCAUAUCAAUCUCAUGGGCGGCGGGCAAAGGUGUAAAAAGUAAACAAUGGAAAGAUUACUGGGAUUUAGAAUUGGGUGUUAGUUACAUUCCAUGGGAUAAGCUCGAUCAAAAUACGGAUUUCGAGCAAUUAGAAGAUGGUGGCAUGUUUGAUGAAGAUUCAAUGCCAGCUUGGCUCAAGGAAAAACUUAAAAAUCAAUCACAACAAAAAGAUACGAACGAUGCAGCUGCUGCAGCUGCUGCGGUGGCAGUUAAUCAAGUCACAAAUAUGGCAAUGUUUGGCAUGGAUCAACCGCCGCCAACACAACAACAACUUAUGACCAAUAUGUCACAAAUGGUGCCACCGUUCCCAAUGGGUUCGGGACCAGUGCCACGCUUUAUGCCGCCAAUGAUGACGCCCGGUUUACCUAUGGGCGUUCCACCUCCAGGCCAUCCCAUGAAUGGGCAAAUGCCAAUGAUGAUUCCACAGCCAAUUGUGCCAGGAAUGCCAAUGGCAUCACUUGACAAACCACCACCUGGUGCACCUGCCCCAUACUUCUUUCCUCCAAUACCGCAAAUGCCUCCGAUGGCUCCCGUGAUGACCACACCGGCAAAUGUGAGUGGUUCCGAUGAUCAAAUGGACAUUGAAGAAGAUGAAACAAAUCAACCAGCCGAUCCAAUGUUCCAAAAGAGUCAAACAAUGUUCAAUCGGCCACCGCCGAAAAUUUUUGGACAAAAUCCAAUGCCAUCAAAUGAUUUCAGCGGCAAAGAUAAUCGUGGACCAAACUUUGAUGACAGUGGAAAUUCAAGUCAUGAUAGAGAUAAUGAUAUGAAAGAUUUUCGUGGACGAGGCGUUGAUCGGGAACGUGACAAUCGAAAUCGGGGCAAUCGAUCACGCGAUUAUAGCAAUGAACGUGGUGGCGGUAGCGGUGGAAGUAGCGGUCGAAACUCAAAUUCCAGAUGGUCAGAUGGACGAGGUCGAUCACGCGAAAAUGAUCGUAUUACACCAACCGAUGGAAUUAAUCGUGAUUUUAACAAUUCAAGAAAUAACAUGCAGUGGAGAGAUCAACCACCAAAUCAAAUGAACUUUAAUAAUAGUUAUAUGGAUCAAUCGAAUCCACGAAUGAAUAUUGGCAUUGGUGGUGGCGGACCACCAGCACUUGAAGAUAUGAGACUACCAAUUCCAAUAGAUAACUUAAGAGGCGGUCCAAUGGGACCAAACUCCAUGAACAGUAGACGACGUGGUGGUAAUGAUUACGACCGAAAUCGCUUAUCAACUGGUCAACAACGUGAUUUCUACAAUCAAAAUCGAUUCGGACCGCCGGGUGGCAUGAAUGGACCGGCCGGAGGUAUGAAUAUGCGAGGAGGCAAUAUGCAAAACUUUGGACCAAGAAAUAACUUUUCGUGGCAACCAAGAUCUGGAAUGAAUAAUGAGCGAUCAGAUGGAAAUUUUAAUCGAAACGAUCGAAAUCGAAGCAAUAACAAUCCCCGCGGGCCACGUGGUCAUUGGAAAGAUAAUGAAGAAAGUGGUUCACCCCAAAAGAAUCGAAAUCAUCGUGGAAAUUUCGAUGGCCAAAAGGAUAGAAAUAGUUUCAGUAAUUUCGGCGAUAGUUCGUUCAAUAAUGAUAAGCAAAAUGAUUUGGGUGAUUUGGAGCCAAGGAAUUUGAAUGAAUCGUCACAUCAUGAAAGUGGUGAUCACAGUGUCACCGGCGGUGCUUUUGAUGAAACGAAUGAAUCGACACCGACGACGACAACAACAACAACAACGGCGUCCGACACAACCUCAACGUCAAAACCAGCCAAUGAAGAGCGAACAUUGCCACGCAUUCAAAUCAAGUCACCGUCAAAGUUAGCACAAGAAUUUAGCGAAAAGCAAAAACAAUCCGAUAUGAUGUCCACAUCGUCAAACGAAAUUAAUCGAACAAACAAUAAUAAAACAUCGGUGGAUCUGAAUACAACGCCAUUGUAUGAUGAACCAACUGAAAAUCGAUCAUACUCAUUGAAAGAACCAACAUCCUCAUCGCAUUCAUUCGACACACAACAACCAAACCAUGAUACACUCGCGAGUACGACCGACGCAAAUGCAUUAGUUGCAGAAACGGACAAUUGCGAACAUUAAUUCGAAAAUUGAAAUGUUUAAAACAACAACAAAACUAAUAACUAAACAAAAUUAGCACAAGUGCGCGUGGAUUGAUGACGAACUUCGCCUCUGUUUCCUAUUAGUCUGUACGGGUGCGUCGAAUCAAACAGAUAGUAAAAAGAGAGAUAGAGUUAGAUAGAAACAAAUAUCUAAAAUUAUCGAAACAACAAAUAUGAAAAACAAAAUCGAUCAAGGAAAAUAUGGCUGUGAUGUAAUUUAAUUAUGUUUAAAAUGGAAGUGGACAAACAAAAUCGUUUGUUCAACAUCGGGACUUUAGUUAGUGCGACAAAAAAAAAAUGAACGUCACUAGAGUAGGAUGUUUGCGUUAGUCAUUUGGUACACAAUCACAAUGUACUGCAUUCACACUUCGUCAUAAGUUCAUUUAAUUCAAAUUCAACAACAAAAGAAAAACAAACACAAAAAUGUAGACAUUUUUGUUUAGGUUUUUUUUACAA